CUUGUGGCUUCCGCUGAACGAAAGAUUAUAACAAAAUUAAUGCGCACCACUCCGCAGUCCGUCGUGUUCUAUAAUUUAUUGGUUAUUAUUAUUAAAACAGUACAUCGAAAAACAUGACGUGUUACAACGAUCGUCUAGAUUAAACAGUGUUUAUUUGAGUGUUCAGUAUUUUCAAGAUUUGUAUCCACGUUUCCAUCAAAAAUAUAUAAAUCAAUCAUGAAAGUAAUAAUAUUCAAAUGUGUAGUCCUUACGUUUUAUAUUUGUUCAAUGUCUGUAUAUGGAGUAACAAACAACAAAGAACCGGUUUUAGAAAAAUUACAAGCGCAACAGCAACAUUUUAGGGGUGAAGAACACAAUCCAGAUUAUGAUCAUGAAGCUUUUCUUGGACAAGAAGCAGAAGAAUUUGAUAAUUUAACGCAAGAAGAAAGUCAAAGAAGACUAAGUGUAAUAGUAGAUAAAAUUGAUAAAAACAAUGAUGGAUACGUAACUCAAGAGGAACUCAAAGAUUGGAUUAAAUUCACUCAAACUCGUUACAUAAUGAAUGAUGUGCACAGCCAAUGGGAUAACCACAAAAACUUGGAAAAUGGAAAAUUGUCGUGGGCACUUUACAGAAAGGAUACAUAUGGAUUUAUGUCUGAUGACGAAGCAAAAGAAGCGCAUAAAUCUGAUGAUUCCUAUACAUAUGCCAAAAUGAUAUUAAGAGAUAAGAGAAGGUGGGCAGCAGCUGAUGUAGAUGCUGAUGGACUAUUAGCUAAAGAGGAGUUUAUCUCAUUCUUACAUCCUGAAGAAAGUGUUCAUAUGAAAGAUAUUGUUGUAUAUGAAACUAUGGAUGAUAUGGAUAAAGAUAAGGACAACAAAAUAUCAAUGGACGAAUAUAUUGCUGAUUUGUUUCCCGGUGUUGAGCCAAACGAAGAACCAAAUUUCAUUAAAAGUGAAAUAGAACAGUUUAAGACAUACAGAGAUAAAGAUGGUGAUGGAUUUUUGGACAUUGGAGAGAUCAAAGAUUGGAUAUUACCUGAUAAUUUUGAUCACGCCGAAGCAGAGAGCAGACACCUUAUUUAUGAAUCCGAUUCAGAUGCUGAUGGAAAAUUAACUAAAGAAGAAAUAUUAGCGAAAUAUGAUUUGUUUGUUGGAUCCCAAGCAACUGAUUUCGGAGAGGCCAUUAUGAAACAUGACGAGCUAUAAAACAAUUUAAAAAAAUAAGUGUUUGAAUAUUAUUAAUAACAUAAUAUUUUUAUAUAAUGAGUCAAUAUAUUUAUAUAAAUUAUAUUACUGUAGUAAUUUUAAAAUAUUAUUUGUAUACAACAUUUACUUAAAUAUUAAAAUUAAGAUCUGACUGAAUCAAUAUGCCAAAACUAUUUUGUCUUUUAUAUGAUACUAUUUUUUUACACUAUUUAUAUCUGUUUAGUCAUUUUAGAUUUUUAUACUUUAAAAAUAUAAAACUGUUAUACUCUGUUCUUUUUUUAGAGUUCAUUAAAUUAUAUUAUUUUUAAACAA